AUGCAUCCGGGCGAAAUAAGUCGACCGUAUUCUCCAGGCAUGGACAGACAUCCGUAUGAUCGGAGAGGCGAUAGACCUCCACCAGUGAGACAGAACUAUGAUGAUGACAACUGGAAUAGACAAUGGCCAGAUAAUAGAAACACACCUGACAGAUACGACUAUCCACGUGGACCACCACCUAGAUGUCCUCCACGAGAACCUAGACCGCAACAUGCAGAUUUCUUUCCAGAUCCUCAUCAUCCACCACCGCCACAACCUCCUCCUCCUAAUCAUAUUCCUCCACAAAAACGCCCGCACCCUCCAGGGCCUAGUGGCCAACCCCCUGAUCAUAUGAGAAAAUAUCCUCGACAGGAUCAUCCCCGGAAUAAACCACCGUGGACUGGACAGAGUCGGUGGUAG